CAAAAAGUUUUUUAUUUGUAUUUUUCUCAUAAAAUUCAAAGCAUUGUUGAAUAUUUAUUAUGUGGUCUCAAUUAAAGGAUUUGAAAAACAUUCUAUGAUAUAUGUUGGAAAAGAUUAGCAGGAUGGUAUAUUUGUUAUUAACGAUACAGCAGAUAGUACAAGUUCAAGCUGAUAGUUGUGGUACUGUGGACAGCAUUACUAAUUUUACUUCAGAUGUUACAUCUUCCUCCUAUAUGUUCUUGUACCGACGUUAAGAUUACUUUGUUGCCAGAUGAUACUAUGAAAUUACAUUACUUACUCGCUUCAAUAUGUCCUUGGAAUAAUGGAAGAAAAACUGUAAAUUUCUUUAGUAUGGGCACGACAUCUAGAUAUCCUUUAUCAUAUUCCGUAUAUACUGAACCCACAGCAACAAUAAAAGAACAAUAUGAAGAACUAAACAAUAUAAUUAGAACAACAUCCAAAAACAUGUGCAUAUAUUUGUGGAGUUUAACAGAAAUAUUUCAUAACAAAUGUCGGAGAAGAUCAAUAUUUUGGUAUGUUUGUUAUUCAUGAUAAAACAGAUAGUACAAACUCAAGCUGAUGAUUGUAUUUCUGUAAAAAGCAUUACUAACUUCAGUCCCAAGGAUAUAGUUGGUGUUUGGUAUGAAGUAGCAAAAUAUCCUCCUCCUCAAUAUCUUUGCACUCAAGUGAAGUUUACACUAUUGCCGAAUGAUAUUAUGAAUAUACAAACUACAUAUUCAAUUUUUCCAUUGGAGCCUUGGGAUAAUGUAACAGAAAGUGCAAAUGUUUCUUGCAAAAUCUCGCCAGAGGGAUAUGAUAUAUGGUAUAAAGUAUUGAAUAAAAACAGAAAUCCGGCGUCAAAUAUGAAAGUAGUAAAAAUACAUUCUAACUCAGUUGCUUAUAUUUGCGGAUAUACAAUUGGACUUAAUGAUACUCAAGAAUUGUUCACUUCAAUUUUAUCGCGUUGUCGCAUAAUAAAUUCGAUAAAAUUGAAAGAAAUUGAAGAUAAUGCUCCUCACGGUAUUGAUGGUUUCGGAAGCUCAGUCAUGACUGCUGUAGUGCAAAGUAAGAGUUGCAGUGCUGGUACCACCUCCACUCUCUCGUUUAUGGUUAUGGUUUUAACAGUGCUCUACGCUACUUUCCACUGGGUUUAACGAAUGUUCAGUUAUUGAAGAUAAAUAUUUCAGACUUUUAAUGUUUUUAUGUAGAUUUCAUUAUUCAUUGCAGUUCCACACAUUAAUAAUUUGUUUUGUGGUAUUAAAUCUUCGAUAAUGCAGAUUUAAAUAAUUUUUUACCGGUGUUGAAAGAUAAUAUAUGCAAGUAAACAACAUAAAUAAGUUAAAAUUUUAAUCGAAUUGUUGAUAAACGCUCUAUGAGAUAUUAGUAUCCACGUAGGAUAUAUGACCCACGCAGCGAUAUCGUUUCUUAAAUA